AUGGAAGUCGACGAACCAGCAAUAGCAGCAGGUUCUCAUUCGGCAGAAGAUAUUCUUCAUUCUUCGGCCAAAACACGGCCUGCUGGAGAACUUCAGACGGGGCAUUAUGAAUCAUGCACUCAUUUUCUGCGAGUGAGACGACAAGAAAAUCGAUUUAUACCUGUUCUGAUGGGUCCCAAAAUGCCUCGCAGAGACCAGGAGCCCAUGUACCCCAAAUAUUCUCACCUGAUGCUCAUCCUCUUCAAACCCUGGAGAUCUGUAUCUGAUCUGAAACAAACAAUGCAGUUGUGGACUGAAAGCUUCGAAUCAUUUAAACACACCUGCAAUGAUAAGGUUAUUGCCAUCUUAAACAACAUGCAAAUUUUGCAUGAGUGCAAGGACAGCUGA